CAGUCUACGGAUACAGAUAAUUUUUUUCGGUAGUGUAGAUAGUUUGACGCCAUACAGUUUUGAUAUAUUUUUGAUGGUGCUAAUCUGGGAAGUCAUAAAAUGGUUUUUAUCUAAGCACCGACAAGUGAGCGAUGAAGUUUGGAAAAAUCAGUGACAAAAUAACGCGAUUUAGAUUCAGGAAUAAGUCCAAUAAAUAGACAAGUUCUUACCUAGGUCAAGGUAUAAUUUGGUUUCUCUAAAACGAAAUUUGAUGUUGCGCUUUUCACAUUUUUAAAUGUGUGGCGCAAUUGUUUUUUUGGCUUCGCGCGGAACGGUGCUUUAGUUUUUCGGAUCGAGACCGGGAAUUUUCCGUAUAACUUUUCUUUUUGGUUUUUUUUGUUACAAGUUCUUGGAAAAUGGAGUCGACUUGGGAGAAGUUUAGAUUAAAGACGUUUAUUUAAGUUUUUGUACAGUUAUCCAGCUAAAGGGCUAAUAAUAAAAGGAUAAAAAUAAUUUAGAUCUAUGUGUGAAAGAAGACCUUGAUCCCAGCCAAAAGAAAAGGAUUCCCAAAAGCCUUUUCUUGCCUACAAAAAAACUCAAAGUUCCUACAAAAAAACCAGUUUGGAGGCACCAACUAUUGCGCCUUCAAACCCCUCAGUAUUUUAAGGAGUUAAUUCCUUAAAACAACCUUCUAAAUAAACUUGCUGUGUGUGAUACGCACAGCAACAACAUUUGACCCAAACGCGUUCAAAAUAGCGGCCAAAAUUUUCACCACGGAGGAACAAAAUAUCCUCAACAAUCUUAAAGUUGAACAUGAGAACCUGGUAGCGAAAUGGUUACAGAACUCGUUUAAAUUACAAGAGAACGCAGCUUUGGACUUGAGGUCGACCCCGUUACAACCGUUACAAAUCAGUCCUCAAAUGACAGAGAUCAAUAACCGACCAAUAUUUAAGAUGAACAACGACUUUUGGAAUCAGGCGCGCGGUCCGCCUCAGAACAUGCCCCAGAAUCUGAGUAACAGUAACCAAAACUCACCGAUACCGGGUAGUACGAAUUCGAUACCGGCCCACUCGCCCUCUCAACAAUCGAACUCCAGUCAAAUUCACGUGGUGACGCCGGGAGCGUUAGCGUUACAACAAGCACAGAAUGCUCAGAACGCUCAAAGUGCUCAGGUACAAAAUGCGCAGCAGCAAGUACAACAGAACCAGCAGAAUUCGAUGAACGCACAACAGACUCAACAAGGUAACGGGCAGAACCAUCAGCAGCAAGGUGGACCACAACAGAAUACAGCCCAGAAUCCUAAUAUACAAGGUGGGGUGCAAGGACCACAAUUAACUCCUACAGGUCCCAUGGGUGGUCCACCACAAGGACCGCAAGCAAAUGGGCAAGGUACUCCACCGAACUCGGCUCAGAACCCAAUGGGGAGUCCGAAUCCUAGCCAUAUGAGUAGCCCUACACCACAGUCCACCCAUGGUCAUCCGUUUGGACAGCCGAAUAUGAUGGGGCCACCAUUCGGAAGUGGAGCUAAUAGUCCGGAUAAAAUGAUGACUGAGAAGAUUGUUAAUGAGUUGCAGAUUUUCAUGCACAAGUCGGCGAUGCAGAUGCACGCCAGGGAUCUAGGAGGCAGGUCAGAAGUCAAGCCGCACCAAUGUCAGCAAUGCCUGAAAUCUUUUAGUUCGAACCAUCAGUUGGUGCAGCACAUACGCGUCCACACCGGCGAAAAACCGUAUAAAUGUUCCUAUUGUGACAGGAGGUUUAAGCAGCUGAGCCAUGUUCAGCAACAUACUCGGCUACAUACUGGCGAGCGGCCAUACAAGUGCCAUCUACCGGACUGCGGUCGAGCAUUUAUCCAGCUGUCGAACCUGCAGCAGCACCUGCGCAACCACGACGCGCAAGUGGAGAGGGCAAAAAAUCGCCCCUUCCACUGUAACAUCUGCGGAAAGGGCUUCGCGACCGAGUCGAGCUUGCGCACUCACACGUCCAAAUGUAUUGGUCGUUUGCAGCAACAUGCGGCUCUUAUUGGCGGACCAAAUGCCACGUCCUGUCCGCUCUGCCACAAAGUGUUCCUGGGAGGAGAAGCCUUGAUGGAACACAUGAAACACACGCAUAAGGACCCCAAUGCUUCUGGUGUAGCCAUUGACGUCAACGAUCCUUAUUUAGCCAAAAGGAGGACAGCGAACCAUCCGUGUCCGGUUUGCGGGAAACACUACGUAAAUGAAGGUUCCUUAAGAAAACACUUGGCUUGUCAUCCCGAGACCUCGCAACUGUCGAGCUCGUUGCGCAUGUGGCCGUGUUCUGUUUGUCAGGCCGUUUUUACUCACGAAUCAGGACUAUUAACCCAUAUGGAGCACAUGCGUAUGGAUCCAAAACAUCAAUUUGCUGCCCAGUACGUACUUUCUAGAGCAGCAGCUGAACGUAGAGAACGAGAAACUUUGCUUGCGGCAGUUUCAGCUUCGGCUGGUGGCAGCAGUCUACUCGGACUAGCCGGUAUGGGACCAGGCGUUUUUCCAGCAACUGGUUCCCCCAUGUGCGCCUCUCCGAGUGCCCAUAGCGACUCGUCGUCUGGAAAUGGUCGGCUCUCAUCUGCCGGAUCAGAAGCCGGAGGACUAAACAACAAUAAUAACAAUUGCAAUACUAAAUUAGGUGAUAUCUUGCGAAGUAAUAAUGGUCUACACCAGCAAUACAACAUGGAAGAUCAGCUACAGGCCAAUAGGAUGGCCGUCAUAGCUAACAUGGUAGGCCAAGGUGGAGUACCACCAGGUCUAGGAUCAGAUCCAGCAGCUAAUAUUGCCAAUAUUGCUAAUCUGGCUAUGCGACUUGGAGUCACACAAGCCAACCAAGUGAAUAACUCGUCCAACCCCUCCACUCCGCCAAUAACCAACGAAGCCUUGUCCUCCCUUUCCAUGAAUGCCAUGAAUGCUAUGCGAGCCUCCAUGGAUAUGAGGACAAUGGACGUGAUGCGCAAUUCCGUCAUGGAUAUGUCUCAAGCUUCCCAGCAAUCAGUUCAGCAAUCAGCAGCUGCUCAAGAGGCGCUCCGCAUGCAGGAAGCAGUAAUUCGAUCUCAGGCUGAGGCUGCUUUACGUCUGGCUAUGACGCAGGGUUUGUCUCAACUUAACCAGCACCAGCAGGAGAACAACCACAGUCCUUUACGCCACAAUGGUCACUUCCAAGGUCACCAAGCUCAAACCUCCCAGCAACUCAGUCCCGAUCUCACCGAAGCGCUGAGGCUCCAAGAGCAACGACUCGAGCAAGCCUUAAGGCUUCACGGUAGCGACCCGCGUGCCCUCGGCUUUAGCCUGGGCGGUGCCGGUAACCUCCAAAAUCUACAGCAAAACCUGCAGCAGAACCUGCAGCAGAAUCUGCAACAGAAUCUACAGCAAAAUUUGCAGAAUACGAUGCAGCAGCAACAGCAGCAGCAGCAGCAACAACAACAACAACAGCAGCAGCAGCAACAACAACAGCAACAAGCUAAUCAGCAACAACAGCAGCCGAAUCAAGGUCAGCAAAAUAAUCAGAAUCAGCCAUGAGAGUUUAGCUAUUACUGAACACGCAACUUGGGUGAUUAGAUGGUUUUUUUAUUUUCAUUUUUGGGGUUUGAUAGAUAUUAGGGAUUUUUGAGAGAGUUUUUUUAUAAAUUAAUUUUAUGCCAUGGUGUAUACGAUUAAAGAGUUCUUGUUUUUGCACGUUAUCGAGAAAUUUAAGAUUGGUUUAAACAUAUCUGCACUUACUAUAAACUUAAAAUCUGUUGUAGAGGAAAUAUAUGUGCCAAAAAAACAUUCUAUUUUUAUGUAGAUACAAAUUAAAUUUAAAGUUGGUGUUCAGUACACGAGGUAAUAAUGCCUGCGGCAUUAAGAAAUUAAUAUAUUUAUAUAUAUUUGCACUUUAAAAGUGUCCAACUACAAAAUAAAAAAAUCAUUUUAAGAAUGUAUAGGUUAUAAGUGUUAAAGAAAUCAAAGAAAAAUUUAUCUCAAAAAUUAUUUGGGAGAUAUUUUUCGUUUGGUGUUUUACUUAAGUUGUAUAUAUUGAUUGUUUUUAGAUUAUAUUAGAAAUAUAUGAAUGGAUGAACAAAAAAUAGAGAAAUUGAUUGAGUAUUUAUAAUAUUUCAAGUAAACGAAUAAAAUAUCAAAACUAACAAUCUUUAGAAGAAACAAAAUUUCGUUUUGUUUAUUUUUUUGUUUAAAUCGGCCGGACAGUGUACGUUUAGCAAUAACUUUUUUUUUAAUAAUUUGUUUGCAAUUAUUACUGUGAUUAUCAAAUAUAUUUUUUUAUUUUAUGUAAGGCAAGUAAUUUUUUUACGAAAAAAAAAUUUAAGAGUGGUGGUUUAUUACUAUUAGGGGCCCCGGUAUCUUCAUUAACGGUUUAAGCUCGAUUAGUAUUUAUUCUUCAGUUAAAAUAAUCUUUUCACCAGGGAGUAUUUUGAUCACUUCGGCUAAAUAUUCUUAGAAUAAUUAGUGGGAGAUUAAGGUGAUUUAAAAGGAAAUAAAUCUUCUAAAGAUGUCUGGAAAAAAUGACAUUAAUUCAAAAUUACUUGAUCUAGUGUGGAAAAAUGCCUGCAAUAGAGAUGAAUACUAUUUUCAUAUUUUGGCUCAUGGAAUGUCGUAAUUUUUUAAAAAAUGUGAGAAUUUUAUACUAUUUCUCCACUGUCUAUUACUAACCUAAGGGUGUGUGAAAUACUUUAACCUCUGGAACGACUUAGACUUUAAUUAUUAUGAAUAUGUCUCGUUUAUUCAAAAGAACUGUGAUAAAUGUUCUACACCAAAUUCUCACAAAAAAUUAGUACAACUAUCUGAAAAAUUUAAGAAAUACCUGGAAAAGUGCAAUAAUUGCUUUAACUGCCCAAAAAAGAAAAAAAUUACUUCAAAUGUCUAAAAAAGGCAAAAAUUGUGUGAAAUUCACAAAAAAAUUAGAAAACUACUACAAUUAUCUGUGAAAUGUAAGAAAUUCUUUAAAUAUACUACUGUUUUAGUAAUACCUAAAACCGUAGUAAAAAGGUAAUAUUUGCUUUUAAUGCCCAGAAAAAGUCAGAUCCUCAAAAAAGAUGAAAAUUACCGCAAUCAUUUCAAAAAUGUAAAAUAAAAUCUUUAAAAAAUCUGAAAAAAGCGAAUAGUUACUUUAACUUCCCGGAAAAUUGCGCGAAAUUCCUGGAAAAAUUUGAAAAUUAUUGCAGCUAUAUGUGAAAUGUAAAAAAGUUCUUUGAAAUACCUGGAAAACGCAAUAAUAAUUUCAACUUCUUAAAAAAAGACAAAAAUUAUUUGGAAAAAGAUAAAAAUUGCUCCAACUUUAAUUGCCUGAAUAAAAUGUAAAAAAUUACUUUAAAUGUCUGGAAAAUGUAAAAAAUUAUCUUUAAAAUCCCUGCAAAAUAUAAGAAUAAAUGCAUAUAUCUAAAAAAAGACAAAAAUCCUUAACUAAAAGGUAGAAAUAUAGAGAAAUAGUACCUACUGCUAUUGUUAUAAAUAAAAACUGUUUCUGACAAUGCAACAUGUUCUGCUGCAUAAUAAAUAUUGCAAGAAAUAUAGAACAAAAAUCAUGUCUGAAGGUUAUUGCCAGCUCAAGGCACUAAGAUCAAAGAAAACUGUUCUAUAAAGUAGUUCUGAGUGCAUUGUUAAUAUAGUUUUUUUGGGUGAAUGAAGUAAGUUAUUUGAGGAAUGAAAAGAAGCUGCUGUAAAAUUCACUCAUGCAUGAUUUUCGGUACAGAAAUAAAUGACCUACUAUUUUCCACCAAGACCAACUGAAAAGAAAAUAAAAGACUCUGAUAAGCAGCAAAUUAUUAUACUGUAUAAUGUAUUUGUUUAGACCACGUAAGACUUCUUUCCAUAUACACGGUGUAGAAAUUUUAAAGAAAUAAAACAAACAUCAGAAGAAACUUCCACUAGUCCACGCAUUCUUUAACUGUAUGAGUUUUUCUUCCCAGUUCUUCCUCUAAUAUGAAAUAUCAGAAACUCAGUCUGAGCUGGUAAAAAAUUAUGGCUACAAAAUAUUGAAUAACCUGAGAAAUGUUGCACAACAAAUGUUAUAGAACUAAAAUUAAAGGUUACAUUUUUUCAAGUAAGUGAUAGUUCUCGGUUUGCUAAAGGCUUGGUAAAGCAAUUCAGACGAAUUUCCAAGUUUUUUCUGAUCUUCCUACGGGAAAUAGAGAAUUUAGUUAUGUGUCUUUUUUCAUUUUCUCUUCCUGCUUAUUAUUUAACUAUGUUUUUAAUUGGCAAAUUUUUCAAAUGUCAACCACUGGCUGGAAGUGGUCAAAAACCAAAAAAUGCUAAUAACUUAUUUAUAGUUUCUUUUUUAAAAAAUACGUUGAAUUCUUUUUAUUUUUAAAACAUCUUUGAAGCAUCUUUUGCUGAAAUGGCAUGCUUGAACUUUUUCAUAGGUUUUGAGAAAAUUCCCUUUAUUUUGAAAAUAUUGAAAAUGUAAAAUAUUUUUUUUUAAAUAUCUGUUAUAGGCAAUAAUUACUGUAACUACCUAGAAAAAAAAGGUAGUUCUUUGCACAAUUUCAUCACCGCUAUUUAAAACUGACAUAAAUUUUCUAAAGAUGUUGUUGAUGAAAUUUUUAAAUUAUCUUUAGAAAUGUUAGGCAACAAAAGUUAACAUGUUUACUGAACAAAAAUUUAUGAAACAUGUUCUACAGUGCAAAUACGGGGACUUUUCUAGCAUUCAUAAGAAUAAUUGUGGUAGAAUAGUCAAGAGGUAAUGUAGCACAACAACUAUGCACUAAAAGUCAAAAAUUAGGUCAGAUUUUUAAUGUUUGAAAUUUUUGGGACAUCCUUAGAAAUGUUGCGCAACAAAUGUUCAAUGUUCAAGAAAUAAUCUGGCACAACAUAUGUAUUUAUUAGAAGAUGAGGCUGAACCACUGGCCAUUUAAAGACACAGUAUUUGAACUUGAUAAAGAUCAAAUGAGAAACAGUAUUUUUUUAUCUGGUUAUGGCUGGGCACAUAACCAUAACUAAUAAUAAUGAUAAAUAAUAAUGAGGACUUGUUUUACAUCUCUAAUUAUUAUUGAAUCCUUAUCUAAUAUAUGAUUAAUGUUUCUUGGAAACAAAAACAGACGUAUCCGCAAAAGAAACAAUUUUGUCAGGGUGUUGGCAUAAAAGACCCACAUUAAUUUAAGUACAUCUUGAAAAUACUGAAUUUGUCUAACUGGUAGUUAAAAUAAUAUCUGGGUUACUAUACGACUGUGAAAUACUUGUCGAUUUAACCGAUAAUGAUAAUACCGAGUCUAAAAAGAAAAAUUACCUUUUUACCUGUGAUAUUUCCAAGUUUUUAUAUUUGACAAAAAUUGGGAAAUAUUGCCCCCACCACAACAACGUUUUUUAUUUAAAAAGUACAAAAACUUUAUAAAAUAAAAAUUAAUUAGGAUGGCAGGGAGAACAGAGUGAAUGCGAAACAUAUUUUUCCAACGACAGAAAUAAAAAAAAUUUAACUCCUAAAACGAGCGUACUUAAACAUGAAAAAUAAAUACAUUUUCAGUUGUUAGCGAAAUUGGCGUUUUCAAAAUCAAUGUUUUGGUAAAAAUUAUUUUUGUUUAUUUUUGUACAGGAUGUGGUUUUAUCUUUUCGUGUACAUACGUACUACAAAUAAGCAGCCUUUUUGUAUAUAUGCCCUUUUACCAAAGCGCCUUGCGUGGAAUUUAACCUGUUACUUAUACACCACCUUUUGGUCUCCUAAAUUUCCCUUUAUCGCAUUAGAACUAAAAAAAAUCCUGUAAAUAGUAUACCAGACUAGUUAAGGGCAGGUUGAAUUUCACAGGGGGGCGCUCCAUAGCCACAAUAAUAGUCAAUAGUUUUAUAAAAAAUACAAUACAAUAGUUAUAUAAACAACCUUAAGGUUGACCCACAUUUCCCAUAAAAGUGACAGGUGACAUAUUUUACACAGAAUGACACUUAGCACGUGUAAAAUAUCCAUUUGACGUGCGUAAAAAGUUUCUCGCUUUUGGUUUUCAGUCAUAUAUUGGAAAUUUUUCAAAAAUUUUGUCUUGGUUUUCGAUGAAAUAGUGUGGGUAGGUUUGAUUAACGGAUUCAUUUUUCAUUAGGUAAAUUGGACUUACCGCAUUUCUUAAGUAAUGAAAAUAAACAAGAAGGUAACUUUUUCAUAUAAUUCGCAGAUGUAAUUGAUUUUUAACACCUGUACUUAUGAGUCCUUAUUCCAAGUUGCAUUGGAAGCCAAUUACAUGUGUUGCUGUUUAAUGUCCCUACCCUAUUUAAAAAAAAUUACUGGUAGCCCAUAUGUGGCCCAAGAUGCAAUGACAAUUUCAAGAAUGAAUUGAAAUAUUAAGAAAAAUUUCAGACAGUGAUCACGUCAGCUUAACAGUUUAGGUAUGAAAAUCAUUUAUUAAAUUUACUAAAAGAAUCACUUACUUAAUAUUAUAGGAUGAUAAAGUCCUUUAACUGACGCCGUACAAAUGUUAUGUAGAUUCUCUGGCCUUUUAGAUUUUUCUAUUUAUCUAUAAUUUAUAGAAAACGAUCGUGAAACAUAUACGGUACACGCGGCCUACUGAGCUAUUAUGGCUCACUAAAAAACUGCAAAACAGCAUGCAAAUAUACCAAUAUAGAUUUACUAAAAGAAUUUAUAUUAUUUUAUAAUACACAAUGAUGGUACUCGUUAUUACCUUUAAUUGACACCGUACAAAUGUUAUUUAGAUCCUGUGUCCUUUUAGGCUUUGUAUUUUCAAUAAUUGAGAGAAAUAAAUUCGUGACGCCUCAAUGGUACAUGCAGCCUACUAAGCUAACUUGGCUUACUAAAAAAUUUCCAAAUAGAAUGCGAAGAUACAGUAAUUGUAAUUUUUGAGGUAUAACACAAUAAACGUUGCGUCUUUUCAUAAAAGUAAUUUAUAGACUUUUUUGUGUUAUCUAUUGUUAUCUUAACUAAAAACAUUUUUUUUAAUAUGUCUUUCUUUAAUUUUUUGGAUUCCUUAAAUUUACAACAUGCAAAAUUAUAAAAAUAAAAUGUAAAAAAAAAUAUUUUUCAGUUCACCGGGCAAAGCAUUUUAUUCUUCCCUAAGAAUAUGUAGUUGCUGUGACGCAGUAAUGGUACACAGCUUUAAAACCAAAUUUUUAGGUGUGACACAUAUAUGGGUCAUGUGACAGUACUUAUAAUUGGCUCUCAAUGCAAUAUUUGACCUUCAAAAUCAAUUGCAUUCCCGAUUAGCAGGUCAUGGACUAAAACAUACUACAUUUUUAGAAAAUUUGACGAUAUUUUGUAUGUAGUAUGAUAUAAAAAAAAAUCACAAACACGUUUCUUCAAUGUCUCUCCCUUAUUUGCAAAAUAAGGGAGAGACAUUAAAAUACAGUAAUUGUAAUUGGCUCUUGAUGCAACCUUUAACCUUCAAAAUCGAUUGCAUUUUUAAGCACCAGGUCAUGGGCUAAAUUUUGAGAAAAUUUGACCGCACUAUGUAUUUGGACGUGGUCCUUUACCCAAGAAUCCCGACUAUAUUUUUUGAAGGUUGCCAUUUUUGCAAUGUUUUGAACUUAUUAUAUGUACUGUAGCUUCAUUUUUCACGAAAUGAAGUUCCACUCCUAGUGGAAAAUCAUGGAAAUAUUACAAGGGUUUAAUAAUUCCUUAUAUUAACAUCUACAUGACGUGUAAUUUAUACUUUUGUUCAUGAUUUUCAAGAUAUAGAUCAAUUUUUUAAGAAAAAAUCUCUCAAAAUUAGAAAAGUCGGUUUUUAAAUUAUUUCAAAAAUAAAACGAAAUAGAGCAAUUUUGUGAUCAGAUUUGGAUUGCUUCUGAAAAAAUUUCUGAGUAAAUAUUUUGUUGGUCUGACCUAGGAUAAAAAAGAUCUAAGAUCAAAAGAAAUAUUAUCUUUUUCCAAAUUAUUUCUUUGAUCAUACGUAUAUAGAGAGUUACCAAUUUCGAAAAAUUUUCGGAAUUUUGAAGACAAAAACCGGAAUACUCUGGAAAACGGGGGUAUUAAAAAAAAGUCGAAUUCUUAUUUAAAAUUUUCCGAAAAUUUCGACUUUUUCUAUACCCCUCUUUAGAGAAAAAACUUCUAGAGCAUAGCCAAUAAUUUUAAUAAAUAAAUAUGAAAUUCUUAUCAAACCUACCCACGCUAACCCGCAAAAAUUAUAAUUUGAAAACGCAUAUUUAAUGUAUAAAUAAACAAAUACUGACUGAUUCCUUUGAGUAAUUUUGUGGCAGAUUUUCUAGAUUUUUUAUCAUAUUUCAUAAAAAAUUUAGAGAUGAAUCUGUCAAUUUUUACGCCAUAACCCGAUAUCGACGUCGCCCCAUUUCCAAAAUCAGUGUUUUAACCCCGAAGCAGGUUACGCUGAAUAAUUUUGGAAUUGUUUGGUAUUUGGCGACCCCGUUUGCCCAUUUUGAUCGAGAAAAAUCUUACCCUUAUUAAAUAUUUAGACUCCCAUCCAAAAUGAACCAAGAUAUCUCUUAAUCAAAAUGCGCAACUUAUCACACAACCACCCGAUUUUGACACUAUGAUAACAGUUAAAAUACAUAAAACAAUACACAAAAUAAAUGCAAUAGCCCGGUUGCACCAAGUGCUUCAAUAUUUUUUGCCCGUUAUUCUUAACUAUUUAAGAAUGAAAAAACUUAAGUAGUUACCACACAAAUAAAAAUUUUCCAUAGCCCAAAAUCAGACGUCUAUUCUCUUAGAUGGCGCCCCUUUUUAUGGAGACCAGAGUCACACUUGACCAGGUACCACCCUGUAAAACUGAUUAAAGGAGAUAGCGAUCCCAUGGACUCUAAUAGCUUAGCUUCUCCACAGUAGAGGCAUCGGUACAUGGCAGGGGUAGACCAAAAGAAAAUUGGUAAAACCAUAAAAAAACGCCUGAAGCAGAGGGGGUAAAAAUGCCCAAAAAAAUUACCCUCGGCUUGGAAUAGACAUCUGAAACCAUUUUUGUUUUGAUUACCUUGUGGGGGGCGUUGGGGCACGUUUUUCUGAGGGACAAUCCGGGAUUUUUUUUCGUCAUUUUUCCACGUUGAUUUAUAAUCUAACGUAAAAGUAACUGAAAAGAUCCAGUGUGGUACCUCCCCCGGCCUCCUACCGAUAUUUUAAGUGUAUUUUACAAAAUAUCACGACUAAACGCCCGAUAACGUCGUAUAUUUAUUGUAAAAUUACAUAAAAAAAAACUAAAUUUAUUUGCAAUAGCCCACAUUUACAAUGUGCCGCCCUUGCGUUACAAAGGACGGCACAGUUUUUCAAUUUUCUCACCGAAUUAUUAUUUCGGAUUUUCAGUUUACUGUUUUUUAAUCGACGUUGCCGCGCUUAUUCCUGAUCCGGGGAACCAAAAAAAAUAUGCCAGAUGUAUAGUUACUGCCGCAAUAGUAAUGUGUAAGUUUUUCUGCUAUUUUACAGGCUCCAUGUUUAAAAUUUAAUUGUGUUCCUGAUUUCCUUAGUCCAUUUUUCUUUUUUGGUGGGGUUGAUUUUGAUGGCUAACAAUCUCUAAAGGGUGCAAUUACUAUUAGAAAUAAGUAUUGGUUUUUUUUUAAUUGUCUUUAAUUCAAUAGUUUCCUUAGUCACUUGUGGUUUAAGUAAGUUUAUAGUAGCUACUUAAUUGAUGUUAUGAUUUUUCAUGCUGUUGAUGUCUCUUCAUAUAAACCAAUAUUAAUUAAUUAAGAAAACCGUGCCAAAAACUAAUAAAAACAUAAAAAAAGGUAGAUAGCAAGCAGCAUAUACGUUCAUUUAUUAUGAUACAAACAGUCGUUAUAAAGAAGUACAGUAAAUAAAUGAGAAUGACGUAAAGAAGAAUUAAAUGAUAAUCUAUAUAGGUUUUCAGAAUAAGAACGUUCUUAAAGGAAAACCUCGAUAUUCGAGACAAAUUAUCGAUAUUUAUUAACAAUUUAACCAGGCAUAGAAUGUUUUUCUACGUAAAAGUUACGUGUCAAGCGAUAAAAAUUUAAUAAUUAAAAUCUGCCCUAAAAUGAAUGGGAAUAUCAAAAAAUACAUAUCUUAAGAAAAAUCAGUGGCGUACAUCUAAUUUUUCAAAAAGUAUAUCAUAUUUAGGGGCUUAGUCACUACGAAAUAAUAAUUUUUAUAGAGUAAAGGUAUUCUUCAGGGUGGAUUUCAAAGUGGCAUUUCAAAAUUUGAUUUUUAGAGGUCAAGGUAUCUCAGAACCUAUUAUGCCAAAGUGUAUUAUGUGACCCGUCAAAUUUCUUGUACCUUUACGUAGAAUUCAAAAAUGCAUUUAUAUCUAGCGGUUUAUAUAAUAACGGCACUUAUAAUUUCGUCACUUAUAAUUUCGUCAAAAUGCAUUCAUAUACAGGAUGUUUCAGAACUAUGGGAUCAAACUUCUGGGGAUUACGCAAUGUUAUAGUAGAAAACAUUUGAGUAUAGGGACCCAUGUCCAGAAGUAUCACUACAGCUCUAAGACACACUAAAAUUUAGAAAGACGAUGAAUUGCCCAUACAGGAUUUAAUUCAUUUAAUUAUUGCCUUUUGUACACGAUAUCAUCAUAAUAAUGGUUCAAAAUGUAUUCCUCUAAUCUGAAUGUCUUGUUCUGUUUCUAUUGAAGUUUCGGAGACCAAAGAUUUUACAUGUUUCCAUAAGAAAAAAUCUAGCAAUGUUAAAUCGGGUGACCUAGCAGGCCAAGAAACUGCUCUGGCAAGAACCUUUGGCAACCCAACUCUGUUUUAAAUAUAACAACACACAUCAUACAACAAUUGUUUUUAAACACACAAGCGCCGAGAAAUUGUUAAAAAUCAUUAUUAAGCAUUGACAUUAAUAUUUUGAACAAGUGUUGUGAUGAUGAUAUCGUGUACAAAAGGCAAAAAUUAAAUGCACUAAAUCUUAUUUAGGCAAUGCAUCGUCUUUCUAAAUUUUAGUGUGUCUUAGAGCCGUAGUGAUACUUUUCGGGACAUGGACCCCUAUACUGAAAUGUUUUAUACUGUUGCACUGAAUAACCCCUAGAAGUUUGAUCCCAUAGUUCUGAAACACCCUGUAUAGGGGGUUUACACAGAAAAUACUAGUACUCCUGGUAUAAUUGGACGUCAACAUUAUUUUUAGAAAAAUUACCUUUGUAUUAUGUUAUAAUUAUUAUAAUUAUUAUGUAUUAUUACAUUUUUCGAUUCUACACGAAAUUCUAAAAUAUUUGAUGGAUUAUCUCCUAAUUUGGUGAAAUACUUUCCACGACAAAAAUAUUUUAAAAUUUGACUUUCAGAUCUCAAAAAAUUAUUGGCCAAAACUAAAUUUUUUCCUGUUUAAUAAAAAAUCUCUUUUAUAUUUGACUUAAUUUCUUAUACUUUUACAUACUUUGGAUUUCUUUGGAAACGUUGACAAUUUUUCCACUAGGUACUCUCGACAUUAAGGUACCAGAGCACCAAUUUUUUUUUGUUCUCAAAUUUAAAGAAGCAGAACUGGUGAGAAGACUAGUUGUUGACACGCGAUUCAGACUGUUUCUUCAUUUUGCCUUCUUCAAGACAAAGCAACCAAAAAACUGAAAAAAUCACAAUAAUUUCUGCAUCAUUUCUGGUGUUCGCGUUUCUGCUUAUGGGCUUCUUCGGUGCAAAACAAUCAGAAAUACAAAUAAUUUCUGGUUGCCUUAAAUGACGCGCAUUUCUCCUUAUUGGCUGCUUCGAGUUAAUGAAACUAGAAAACCAUAAUUAUUUCUGGCUACCCUAUAGAAGGUUGGUCCUUACUGGCACGUGUUUUUACUUUUAAGCUUCUUCAAGGCAAAGUAAUCAGAAAAUCAAAAAGUUCACGAUAAGUUCUCCUGUAUCAUUUAUGUUUGUCUUGAUCUGACGAAGCGGAAAUGGUCAGAAUGGUAGUUGUUGCUACACGCGUUUCAUGCUAUUUAUGCAUGUUGACUUUUCCAAGGCAAUGCAACCAGAAAAGUGACAAAAUUACUUUAAUUUCUGCAUCAUUUCUGGUGUUCGUGUUUCUGCUUAUGGGCUUCUUCAGUGCAAAACAAUCAAAAACCAGAUAAUUUCUGUUUGCCUUAAAAACGCAACUGAUGGUUCUUGUUGACGCGUACUUCUGCUUAUUGGCUUCUUUAAGAUACAGUUACCGUAGAAAAUUAAAAUUAUAUCUCUCUCGUUAGCCUAAAGAAGGUUAGUACUUACUGGGACGUGUUUCUUCUUUUUAGCUUCUUCAAGGCAAAAUAACUAGAAAACCAAAAAAUUCAAGAUAAUUUCUCCUGUCAUAUCAUUUAUAUUUGCCUUGCCCUGACGAAGCCUAAAGAGCAAUAAUGGUACUUGUUCCUAUACGUGUUUUAGCCUAUUUCUUCAUUUUGCCUUCUUUAAGGCAAUACAAGCAGAAACCUGAAAAAAUCACAAUAAUUUUUACAUCAUUUCUGGUGUUCGUAUUUCUGCUUAUGGGGUUCAGUGCAAAACAGUGCUUCAUUGAAAAAGGUAACUGAUGGUACUUACUGACAUGUAUAUGGUACUCAAUGACAUUAUAUCAUUUAUGUUGGCAUGCGUUGACGAAUUAGAAUAGUACUUGUUAACGCGUGUUUCUGUUUAUUGGCUCUUUCAUGGUGAGACAACCAGAAAAACUAUGAACUUAUUUCUUGUCUCCUUACCCUGAAGAAACUUACUUAUUCUUAAGGGAGAAUAUCUAAAAAAACUAUUAAUAAUUUUGCCAGAUAUAAGAAUCUUUAUUUACAUGAAAAUUACGUGUCAAAUUUGGUCUAAAGUGAUUGGAAAUAUCAAAAAUAAUUUUAAUUUUAAGAAAAAGCAGAGGCGUGUUUUUUCCUCUUAAAUAAAAAAUAUCUUCUAGAUUUGACUUUAAUUUCCUUAAAUCUUCACAUAUUUUGGGUUUCUUCCAAAUUUUUCAAAAAUUUUGUGAUUUUUCUCUUUGGUCGUGUAUAGGGAGGUCAAAGCAACAUUUUUUUUUGAAAAUCCCAUGGGAUAAAAAAGCUCACUGGGAUAUCAAAUUAAAAUCAGGUUGCACAUGAAAGGUAAAAAAAAUAAUUAGAAUAACCUAAUUUAUAUCAUUUCUGAAUAUAAAGUUGAGUGUUAACAACUAUAACAACUAAGCUUGUUAUUUGUUUCUAAAUAUUAAUUUUAUUUUUUAUAUUACAUUUGGAUAUUUGUAACUUGAUACUUUGCCCCUGCUCAUACUAAAUAGGCGCCACUGAUUAUGUCUUCAUUAAGAAAUCUUCUGAUUAAAAAAAAUUAUAAAUAAAUUAUUAAAGAUAAACUAAACAUAGAAAAAUAUAAAACUAAAGAAAAAAUUAUAAUAAUUUUUUUCUUAAAAUUUCAACCGGUUAGGAUUGGAUGAUAGGAUUUUUUUCCGAAAAUCUUAUGUUUAAACACCCUGGUUAAAGCCCUAAAGAACAUUUCUGACUUGAAUUUGUUUUUUAACUUUUUAAAUGUAUCUUUUUUUAAGGAAACAACGUGAAAGUAACAAAAUUCCACGAAUAUCUCUUUUAAGUAGCUGAAAAAUUGCUGUCAAAGAUAGAUUUAAAAUCGUAUGUAAAAUGGAACAAAAUGUGGAGAAAAAAAAACAAUAUGACAAUAAAAAUGUUUUGUUUAUUCUGUCUUUAUUAUUUAUAAAUUUAAAAAAUAAAUUUAAAGGUUAUAAGCCUCUUAAAUUCACGUGAACCUCUAAAAUAAGAAAAUCUACCUUAAAGAAGACGUUAAAAUAAACGGCAAAACGUGGGCCAAUUUUUGAGAUUUAAUUUAGCUGCCUUUAACUCGCUACUUCAGAUCGUAAAUAAAUACUUUCCAAUUAUAGCAAAUUAUAGAUAAAGGGGUAUCCAUGGAUCUCUUAUUUGAAAAAAAAUCUAUUUUACUGUAAAAAAAUGCAUUAAUAAAGGCGUAUGCAUAGAGGCAUAGCACCAAAAAAAUAUUUUUAACAUUCACGUUGAUUUUCUUAAUACUGAAAAGUAAAGCCUCUUUUGCUAACCUCAGUUCAGUGACCUACAGCCUCUAUAACUUACUUUAAAGAGCUUUUUAGUGCUUUUGAACUAUACCAAGAUACGUACAUUUAUAAGAUAGAUACAUUUCAGGUGAAGUGUGAUAUAAAAGGCCAAAUUUACAUAAUCAAUAAUAAUAGCAAAAAUAAAGCUUAAAAUUCAAAGGAGGAAGAAGUAAUAGAAAAAAUUAAUCAUAUUUUUAUUCAAAAAAAAGGUAAUGAGUAAAAGGAAAAUACAGACUCUUAACAAGAAAUUGGUAAAAAAUUAAACAUUUUUUGGGUGCAACUGCUUUUAAAAUUUUCUUAAAUAAUUAUUAUAUAAAAUGGAAAAACACCAAAAAUUUGCAAAAAAAAUACUUUUUCAUUGGUGGCCAAAAAGAGAGCAGCAAUUCCUAUACAAUAUUAAGGAAUUUUGAAUUUAAAAUACGUCAAGUCUUGUUUUUCAGGGCUGUAUCAUAAUAAAAAGCGUAUAUGCAUACUUUCAGUACUAAUACAUGUCUAUUAUCAUAAAAUAUAUAUAUUAGAAGCUAAAAUGUAUAAGCUGUGAGGAAUGUAUUAAUUAAUGCAAGAUUUUGUUUUUUUUGCAUUACUUAAUUUUUUGUAAUUAUCGUUAAAAUGCCCUUUCAAUAAACUGUAUUCAAAGGCAUAAAAAAUAUACUAAAAAAUUGAAAGCUUUAAAAAAAAAGUAGAAAGUGGUAAAAAAAAUCAAAUUUAAGUCUAAAUUAAUAAAGAAUAACAAAUCUUGCACAAAUUUUACUCACAUAAUAUAACCAUAAAUGUUUUUCAUCUAUUCAUAAAAUAAAGAUACAUAAUUAUCAAAACAAAAAAAAUAAAUAAAUAGAUGUAAGAGAGACAAUGCUAUAGGUGUUUCUUGCUGAGGAGUUUCAAAUAAUUCUUAUUUAUUUUUCCAAAUUUAAAAAAAAACAUUUAAGCGUUAAAAUAUAUAAAAAUCAUUUGGAAAGCCACAAAAACAUAAUAUUAAUAAUAAUGACAACCUCCCUCCCAAUAUCCCUCCGCCCCAUAAACCAUAUCCUUUUUAGCACAUAAUAUAGACCAAUAAUAGCAUAUAAUAAGUAGCUUAAUUAGGGCUUAAAAAACUAUAUUAAAAAAAAUCCUCAAGGGUUAGGAGAUUUGUUUUUAAGUGCGGCAACGUCGGUUCGUUAAAAUUUUAGUUAAACAGCAAUAGUCCAAACGGGGAUUUCUGUUUUGGAAAUCGCCCUAUACAAAAAAUUUCGAUACUCCAUACUUUGGUUCCGAGUUUUUUCGUAACUUUUGAGUUUUUGGGAAAAUAUUCAAAUUCUUGUAAAGGAGAGAUACUAAAAAAAAACAUGUUUCAGAUAUUGUUUAGUUCGCGAGGUUUUCUUUUCAGUUUUAUCAAAAACAAGGGUUCGUGUAUUUUUUCAGAAAACGGUUACCUUAUUAUUUUUUUACAAUAAUAUAUAAAAAUCAAAUAUAUUACAUUUUUACAUGUUACACACUUACACACACUUUUCGGGUAAUAUUUACUAAAAAAAUGAUACACUUUUGUGUAAUAAGAGAUUUGAAACGGAAAUUACUUUUUAUUUUUAUUAUUUCGCUCAUACAGGAAAUUUCAGGGGUAAUUUUGACAUUAUUCAUGAAAUUUACUGUGUACCUGUUAUUAAAUUAAACUAUUCAGCGGGUAUUUUUAUUUAAUUUCCUACAAAAUUCGACACAUUUACACUUUUACCUUUUGUCAUCGCUCAAAAUGUGUCAAAAAUGACGACUAACAAACAUUUUAUUAUUAAAAUCCAGAAUUUGGCCUCAUGGCGGCAACACAUGACACAUUUAGGGCGAUGACUACUAUAUAAAUAAUUAAAAACGUCACUUUUGGGAAAACUACAAACUUUUCGGCCAUAAUGCAAUUCAAAACGGAGAAAUUCAGCGGUGAAAAAAACGUUCAAAUAAUUAUUAAUAUAAAACCACAUAUAAUUAAAUGUAGUGUUUAACGUUAGAAAAUAAUUGUUAAAAAGUUAUGUUUUUUGUGCUAUUUGUUAUAUUGAAAUUGUUGUGUUUAGCCAAUUCCCGAAAAAGUUGCUUCAAUGUUUUACCUCCGGAAUUUCAGUUUGAUUUUGUUGAAACACGCAUGACGGUCUUUUGAAAUUUCAACUUUUGGUAAAAAUGCCCGAUUUAAAAAAUAUUACCUACGUUUGAACCAAAUAGGACCACAUCAUGCUGACAUAAUGCUAUUAAACAAUCAAAAUUAUUAAUUUGGCAUAACUUAACAUAUUAAUUAAUUAAAUAAAAUUGAUAUUUCGUCAAAUUAUUAAUGCCAUAUUUAAACAAUUUUAAACAGUAAUAAUGCACGUGUAAUAGUUAAUAAUAAAUAUUAUAAAACUUAGGUAUAUAUUGUUAAAACUUCUCAAUAAUAGUACAAUAGUUACAAGUGACUUUUAAUUUUAUUUCCUCCAAAGGCGAAAUAUCAAUUAAAGUAAAAUGAUUGAGGCAAUUUUUGGCUGAAAAAAAUCACGUUUCUUCUCAACUUUGCAAAAUCACAAUUUCGGCCGUUGUCAGUUUUAUUUUUAACGUUUUUUUGUUUUCUGCCCCCUGGCAGACCUGCGCCGCACAAUAAAUGUACAAUUAAUUGUACUAAUUUGUGCGGUGAAAACUGUGCAAUAUUUUUGUCAAAAUUCAACUGAAUCAGUUUUUCGACUUUACAAUAUUAAAGUUGGGAGGGGAAUUUUUUCAGUUUAUUUAAUGGGAAUUUUUUUUGAUAACUUUAUACCGUGUAAUGAUGAUGUAUAAGCAUUUUUAUGGUGUAUUUAUCAUUUUGAUUAGUUUAAAAAUACUUGCUUCAAUACGCGCCUAAAAAAUAAUUGCCAUUUUUAGUUUUAAUUCAGUUGUACAGGGGGUGAUUCUGCAAGUUUUCCGUUGCUAAUGAGUUUUUUUGAAUAAAACUUUUACUCCACAGUCACAGAACUAGUACUGGAAAACUUGUAGGUAUCAUCUUGUUUCAUCCUGUUUAAUUAAAUUUACAAUGUUCUACAGUUAUAGAUGUAUUUAUUGUUUUUUUAUUAUUUUUAUUGUAUACGUUUAAAAAAAAAACUCUAUGUAUAAUGUUUAAAAAAAGGUUAUAUAAAAUAAUUUUAAGAAAUUAUAUUAUUAUAAACUUUUAUAUAUUUUUAUUAAUAUUAUUUUUAGGUUGAAGAACUGUAUGAAAUUAACAAUAAAACAGUUUCAAAACAGAAAUAAAAAUAUACGCAAAAUAAAAAUUCUGUUUUGAAAUUUCCUAAUAGGUAUAGUUAUAAGGGUUUUAAAGAAACUAUAUAAGUUUUAAUUUUUCUACUUAUGGAUAAUUACGAUACUUUGCCAUUUUUUAAUUUUGAAUUGACUGCCAUUUUUUUUUGUUAACUUAUAUAUUUUUUGCUUUUUUCAUAGUUAAGUUUAAGUUCCUAUCUUUUACUAUAUACUGUAGAGCAACUUUCUUUGGGAUGUCAGAAUGAAUGUCUGCGGAAAUUUACUGUAUUUCGUAAAAUAACUUAUUUCAAAAUUGUAUAUUUUUAUUGUAAAUGCAAGUUUCGGUUCUUUGGUGUCACUAAUACUAAUAUUAAAAUUUAGGAAAACCAAUUGUACAAAAGUUUCGAAAUAAUAUGUAAAUGUUGUAAAAAUUUACUUUUAGGUAUGUAAAUUAUUUACGUGGCAAACUGCGAGUCGCACUAAAGAACUAAUUUUUGCAGAACUUGAAAAUUUAAGGUUUAGGCGAUAAAAAAAAUGAAACAUUACUGUGAAUUUGAGGCAUUAUGUGGAAAAAAUAAAUUAACUAAUUUGUAAAAUAUAGGCAUUAAAAAAUUUGUGAAAUUUAGAAAAAUUUUGUUGCAAUUAUUUUUACCGAAAUUCGAUGUAUGAAAAUUGUAUGUGUGACAAUGUAUUAAUUCUAUUUACUGGAAUAGCAAUCAUUAAAAAAAUAAAAUAAA